AUGUCCACUGUGCCGAUUAAGGAUGUUCUUGUUGUUGGUUUCGGUGCAGUAGGCACCAUUUAUUCUCAUAUUCUCAAGAGGAGCGGUCUCGCCCGCGUAACCGCAGUUGCCAGGAGCAAUUAUGAUAUCGUGAAAGACGAGGGCCUUCAUAUUGAGAGCCGCAAAUACGGAGAUAUCAAGGGCUGGCGACCCGAUCGCCUGUGCCGAUCAGUCUUAGAAGCUGCUGAUAGACCAUACUCGUUCGUCCUGCUGACGACCAAGGCGCUACCCGAUGUCAUAAAAACCACAAAAGUGCUCUCUCCCUUGCUUUCUGCGGACUAUGCGGAGAGAUUUGGGCAGCCUACGUACGUCCUGAUGCAGAAUGGGCUGAACGUGGAGGUCGAUCUGUACAAUGCGGUUAAAACGCUUGGGAAGGGAGAUCCGAGCCUGGUCAGUACCGCGGUCUGGAUCGGUACAAAUCUCAAAGCGCCCAAUGUGGUGGAGCAUAAUGAUUUUGACCGCGUGACGUUGGGUGCUUAUCGUCAUAACGACUUUACGACGACGGUAAAUUCUCCACAGGAGACAGCAUUGCUAAAUGAUUUGGGUAAAAUACUGGAGGCAGGAGGGAGCACGGUGCUCAUUGUCCCCGAAAUCCAGCGGAUGAAGUUUGCGAAGAACUUCUGGAACGUUGGCUUCUCGUCGUUUUCAACCCUAACUCGGUAUACUCUACCGGCCAUCUUUCGUCAACCACCCGAAGUUUCCUCUGUCUCAUAUCAGCCGUACGUAUCGCCUGCAACCGCAGACCUUAUCUCGGCGUACACGAUCCCUGCGAUCAAGGCGACACUUGACGAGCUCCUGAUCCUUGGCCGGGCGCUCGGCUUUCCUGACACGCCAGAAGGCCUUCCUUCGUCUGCUGUCACCAGUGUUCUGGAAUCAACGCGGGCGUUGCACACCAAGCCAAACAGCAACCACGUCCCCAGCAUGCUGCUCGACGCCCGGAAGGGGCAGCCGAUUGAGGUAGAGGUUAUCCUGGGUGAAGUCGUGAGGAUGGCGAGAGAGCGUAACCUUGAGCUUCCGCGCGUGGAAACCCUAUACGCGCUUUUGUUGAUAGUGCAGAACCAGAUCCUUCGUGAAAUGGAAGCUCGAGAACAGACCAAGCGUCUAUCUAUCGUUUCACCGCAGUAA